CCACCACAAACCCUCAAAGUAGAAGAAGAAGAAGAAGAAGAAAAGUUUCGGGAAGAUCGGGAGGGAGGGGACGCCGCCGCGAAAGUGUAGUAAUCCGAUAAGCGAGCAUGACCGACACCGAGGUGCAGAGCGCUCCUCCAUCGGCUCCUGAAGAAGACAAGCCGCAGCCAGAGAGGAAAGUCAUAGCCACAUUGGUCCAAGGCACAGUGAAAUGGUUCAACGUGAGAAAUGGAUAUGGCUUCAUAAACCGAAAUGAUACCAAAGAAGAUGUGUUUGUUCAUCAGACUGCCAUAAAGAAGAACAAUCCUAGGAAAUUCCUCCGCAGUGUGGGGGAUGGGGAGGUCGUAGAGUUUGAUGUUAUUGAAGCAGCCAAGGGCUCUGAAGCCGCCAAUGUAACUGGUCCAGGAGGUGUUCCAGUCAAAGGCAGCCGCUAUGCUCCCAACAAACGCCGUUUCCGUCGUCGAUUCUUCCCACGCAGCCCUCCGCCCGAUGACCAGAGCAAACCGGCUGAUGGCCAAGCCCCCAAUGGCGAAGGUGAGGGAUCGGGGGAGAACGGGGUACCGAGACCUCAGCAGCGCCGGCGGAGGCCUCGCAGACCACGACCUGAAGAUGGUGAAGCUGAAGAACAAAACGGAGAUGGGGAACAAACACAGCGACCGCAACAGCGUAGAUUCUGGCGACCAUACCGCAGGCCGUUCCGCCCCCGCCCACCUCCUGAUCAUGCUACAGACAGCCAGCAGGCUGCACCAGAAGAGAGCCAGGAGCAAGGCCAGGUGGAGCAAGGCCAGGUGGGGCAAGGCCAGGUGGAGCAAGGCCAGGUGAAGCAGACGGAUGUCUCUGAGGCCCCCCACACCAACGGAGAAACAGCGGAGGGCCAGAAACAACAACGCCGCCAGACUAGACGCCGCAGGCAAAGGAACUCAGAGUCCUCUACCUCCAAAAAUGACACAGAGAAGUCUGCAUCAGACCCUGGUACGCCCCCACAGACCUCAAAACCAGCUGACCUCAAAUCCACAACAAAAUCUCCAAAGGUCUCUCCAAAAUCCUCUCCAAAAACCUCUCCUAAAACGACAAAAACAACUGAGCCGGAAGCUGCAUCAACAGUCCCAGCACCGACAGAGUGAUGCCUGCAAGAGGACAGUCACGUGACCCUUGGCAAGAGGUCUUGGGGUUGGAGGACUGGACUAUUUAAGAACACGUGCACUGCUCUCCCCUCCCUGCACCCCCUCCCCAUCCUCCAACCCACUCUGUCUCGCUGUCGUCCCUCAUCCCCUCUCCCUCCCCUCUCAUUUUUGUUUUGUGUUGUCUGUCUAGACACUGACAUUUGGAGAGGGUUGAGGCUGGGAUAAAGGGGGGGAUGCAUACAGGUGGGAGGUGGGUGCAUAUUUAGACAUUUGAAAGUACAUCUUUAAAAAAAGAAAAAUGGGAAAGAAAGGACAAUCUGCUUGGUAGCCCAGUUAUUCCAACCCCCCUUUAAAUGUAUUUUUCUUUAGUUGCCUAAUUACGGGACACUUAGAGAAGUUUAAAGAGGAACCAGCCUUGUUUUUUAUUUAACUUGUUUUAAUUUGGUUGAAGAGGGGAAACCCAAGCAGGUGUGAAGUUGGUGGUGCAUUAUGGGAGUCAGUUUAGUUCCGUUACCACCUUAAGUCUUAAAUCUACUACUCCCUUCAUGUUCUCAGUUGAGGAUAAAUAAGAAGAAACGUUAUAUUUUUGUUGUACUUUUAUGUGUGUGCUUUUCUUUGGAGGGGAUUAUGUGCAAUGUCAGAACUUAAAUGCUAAAUAAUAAAUCAUGUGUGCAAACCUCA